AUGCCUCUGGUUCGUGCUCCGCCGCAGAGUCGGUUUUGGGUUGGUGGAGAGAUUCAAUUUUCCUUUUUGGGAUCUCUCCGGUCUUCGUCGUCGUGGAGUGGUAGCGAAGGGUCUUGUCGCGGCUGGGUUCGGCGGUGGUUAGCUACUGCAGAUCCUGUGUUUUGUGCUUGUUCGGUGAUGGUGGUGGUUUACUUAGGGUUUCUUCGGGUCGGAGAGAUUCCGGUAGCUUCUCACUGUUAUCAGGAGUGCUCCGGUCUUGUUUGGAGUCGGAGGCGAGGUUUAGGGACUGCUUUCCAGGUCGUGGCGGUGGAGACCACCCAUCUUUGUAUAGGUCGUGUUGAUGGCAGAAGCGAGUGCUUACUCGUCUAG